AUGAUAAAAGGCAAUUUAGACAAUGAAACAAUAUCAAUAUUUAACAUAUCUGCACAAAAUGUCAAAGCAUCCAGGUUCCUAAAGGAUAAGUUACAUGAGUUACAGGAGGAAAAAGAUAACAAAAUGCUACUAUUCCUUUUGCAUCUAUUAUUUUUUUCAGAGACUAAGUUCAUAAAGAAAAUAAUUUGUAUUUUCUUCCGAGUCAUCAUAAAAGUGAUUUUCCUCCUGGUAUUUUUCUUCUUUUUUGGCUGCUCCUUGGAUAUUCUCGGCAGUUCCUUCCAGCUGCUUGGAGGAAAAUUGACUGGACUACUUUUCUUUGACGGUUCAAUACUUUACAACCCUGUGGCUGCCUUGAUGGUGAGUGUGCUGGUGACUGUUUUGAUGCAGAGUUCCAGCAUAUCUGCAUCCAUCAUCGUCAGCAUGGUGUCAUCUUCAGUUUUGACAGUACAGGCAGCAAUUCCUAUGAUAAUGGGAUCCAAUAUUGGGACUACAAUCACCAGUACAUUGGUGGCUCUCGUGUAUGCUGGAGACAGGGAUGAAUUUGGAAGGGUUUUUGCAGGCGCUGCUAUCCAUGCUUUUUUUAAUUGGUUGUCAGUGCUGGUGCUACUGCCUGUGGAGUUGAUCACAGGCUUCCUCAACCGCAUCUCCUAUAAAUUAACAACAUCCAUUAAAAUCGAGAGUGAAGAUGAUGCCCUUGCAGUCUUGAAAGGCUUCAUACGUUCCAUAACAGCAUUUAUCAUCCAGCUGGAUAAAAAAGUCUUCACUGAAAUUGCUUCAGGAUAUGAAGGAGCAAAAAACAAGAGGCUAACAAAGAUUUGGUGUAAAACUUUUGAAAAUGUGACUUUUAGCAACGUUUCCGUUUCCUCACCAGAAAACUGUACCUCUCUCAGUCUCUGCUGGACUGAAGGGAAUAUGACCUGGACCCUCAUCAGAAUAACAUAUAAACAGAACAUUACAAAAUGCAAACACUUAUUUGUGAACACCAGCCUCUCUGACUCGGUCAUCGGAUUCAUUCUUCUACCUCUCUCCUUGUUAGUCUUGUGCACUUGUCUGAUGAUGUUUGUCAGGAUCUUGAACUCUGAGCUCAAGGGACCAGUUGCUGCAGUGCUUAAGAAGUACAUCAACUCAGAUUUCCCCUUCCCAUUUACCUGGCUUGCAGGAUACAUUGCCAUUCUUGUUGGAGCCCUGAUGACCUUUCUUGUGCAGAGUAGUUCCGUGUUCACCACUAUAAUGACUCCUCUAAUUGGCAUCGGUGUGAUCACCCUUGAAAGAGCUUAUACUUUAAUCUUGGGCUCCAACAUUGGCACCACCACCACUGCCAUCUUGGCUGCAUUAGCUAGUCCUGGAAAAACUUUUCGAAAGUCACUCCAGAUUGCCCUGUGCCAUUUCUUCUUCAACCUCACCGGGAUCCUUCUGUGGUACCCAGUCCCAUUCAUAAGACUGCCUCUCCUUUUUGCCAGGCACUUAGGGAUUAUUACAGCCACCUACCGUUGGUUUGCCAUCGUCUACUUGAUCGUCUGCUUUUUCCUGGGCCCGUUGCUGGUGUUUUGCUUUUCCAUUGCUAGUAGGAGAGUGUUGAUAAUUGUAGGACUACCCCUAUUUUUUUUGCCCUUCGUGUUAGUAUACCUGCAAGCCUUCAAUGUUCUUCACCCUUUACCUUUGUGGAUGACAUCCUUGAAACCCUGGGAUGAUCUAAUAACUUGCAUCAUGAACCAGUGCAGGCAGUGUGGUGAAAAUUUAUCACACCAAUGCAAAAACUCCAAGCUAAAUAGGUUUGCCACUCCCACAAUAAGGCCAGACCCUGGUCCAGAUCAGAACCAGAAACCCGGAGCCAUGGGAGAUAGCCUUUUUCAUGCCAAGAAAUCUGAUAACACAAUGACAGAAAAGAUAAUCAACAAAGGGGCAGUUCUUAAUGAUGCAAGUGCUUAUUAA